AUGGUUCAGACCACUGCUACACCAAAGACUAAGUCUAAAUCCCGAUACUUGAAAGCCAAGAAAGAACGACGCAAGAAACGUUUAAAAGCAGCUACAGCGGCCGGGAAUGCACUGAGUCGACUGCAUGCACAUGGAGACUCUGGGUCUGAGUCCUUGGAUGAUGAGGCGGAUAACCCUCUCGAAACUUCACUUGCUGAGGAUGUUCCGGAGGACCGGUUGUUACCCCAGCUGCCCUUGGAGCCUCCAAAGAAGAAACGCAAGGAGAGUCGCAAUGAACGAGAGCCAUCACCUUUGGAUCAUAACGGAGAUGAUUCAAUGGAUAUUGAGCCUUCCCAACCGUUGUCUCGCCCUACCCCUCCAGUAGAAUUACCUGCCUUACCAUCCUUUCCUCUUCCGUCUCAACCUGCGCCUCCUUCAAAAGCAGUACUCGCACUACAAGGCCUUGACCAAGCAAUCCUCGAGGCGGAAAUAAUCGACCCUACCAUAACAACACGGAUUCCUGCUCCCAAUGAGCCUGAUUUGUUAGGAUUGGGAAUCAGCCGUAGAAUGAGAGAACGCCUGGUCGAGCUUGGCAUUGAUAGUUUGUUUGCCGUUCAGACUGUGCUUCUCCCAUUCUUGCUUAGCAGAAAGGAUUUGCAUUGCCCUUAUGAUCCUCCACAGGAUGCCUGUGUAUCUGCACCUACGGGCAGUGGGAAAACGCUUGCCUAUGUCGUGCCUAUCACCGAGAUCCUAUCAACUCGGAUCGUAACUCGUUUACGGGCUUUGGUGGUACUUCCGACUAGGGAGCUUGCCAUGCAAGUGCGUGAGACGUUUGAUAUCGUAUCUAAGGGGCGGGGACUCAAGAUUGCCAUUGCGACUGGCCAACAUUCGUUUGCACAUGAACAGUCGCAGCUUGUUCUCGUCUCACCACCUUCGGCAAUUCAUCCCAGUCCACAGUAUCAUAGCAAAGUGGAUAUACUUAUCUGCACACCUGGAAGACUGACCGAUCAUUUACACGGCACUCCUGGAUUUACGCUUGAGCAUUUGCGAUUCCUGGUCAUAGACGAAGCGGAUAGGCUUAUCACUCAGUCAUUUCAAGACUGGCUUUCUCAUGUAUUAGAGGCUACCCAACCCCCAAGGUCAAAUUUUCCGACGACAGAACUCGAUGAGCCAUAUUAUUCAUCAUGCCAAAAAUUAUUGUUUUCGGCUACCCUAACACAUGAUCCCAGUAAAAUAGUUCCUCUGGGACUACGUGAUCCCCGAUACUUUGUAAUUGGAGAUCAAACCAGAGUAGUUACCGAGGAAGAAACAUUUGCUUUCCCAACCACAUUAUCGGAACAUAUGUGUGUUUGUUCUCCGGGGGAUAAACCACUUUUCCUAUUCCAUCUUGUGCAUACACAUGGUGUCCGGAAUGCGCUGAUCUUCACAAAAUCUGCCGAAUCAACCACACGACUAGUCCAGUUGUUUGAAUUCUUCGAAAGCGCUAGGAAUCAAGGAGCCUCGGGAGAAACUAAGCAUGUGACAAUACAGGCAUAUUCCAGCGAUCUGAGCGGCCAGGAUAGGAAGAAUGUUAUCGAGCGCUUCAAGGAGGGCAAAAUCGACCUUUUAGUGUGUUCAGACCUGGUGGCAAGAGGGGUGGAUAUAAGUCACGUUGCGCAUGUAGUGAGCUAUGAUGUUCCGGUAGACAUGCGAAAGUAUGUGCACAGAGUCGGACGGACUGCUCGUGCAGGGAGACGGGGAGAUGCAUGGUCUUUAGUGGAAGAUCAAGAAGCGAGGUACUUCAAGCAGAUGCUGAAAAAGGCGGGCCAUCUGGACGCGGUCAAGAAACUGAGAGUAAAGGAGGGAGAAAUCGCUCCGUUACAUACUUACUACGAGACUGCACUUCAAAACUUGAAAGAGCUUCCGGCGAAAAGCCUGGGUAUUGUCAGCGACAGUGAAGGCGAGGAGGACCGCAUAGGAACCACCGCUGAUGAUCUAUUUGAACGCGAAGUCAAUGCGGCCAGAUUCUCCGAUCCACGUGAUUGGCACCACAACCAGCCGGCAGCGAUCGCCACGAAUUUAUCCAGCCACAUAUCCGAGCCCCCUAGCGUGCCUGAACAAAUUCCUAUUAUGCAGAUUGAAAGCUCUGGGAUCGGCGACUUUGACUCGUCCGCCACUAAACCUCGUCCAAGACCUCGUCCCCGUAUGCGGCCGGUACCACCUCCUGAUCAGCCAGAUUCAUCUUCUAUCGGUGCCUUCUCGACCAUUCCUCCCAACGUAUCAUCGGCCCCUGAAACACUAGCUUCAUUCGACAAUUCAACUGUUCAAGCUGUUCCUGUAGCCCGUCCUCCAUCUCUCCCGCCAUCGUCUCUUCCAGGAGCAGAUACCGCAUCUUCCUCCAUUCCGAUCCCUGCAUUUCCUACUUCAGUACCUCUCCUCGAGUCCCUUCGGACCCCCAUACAUCUUGGUGCUCCUAAGGCCAGCUCUACUGAUGUGCCACCCCCAACUGAAACCACAUCAGCUAACCCCAAGCGACCUCGACCGAAAAUGAGGCCCCCGCCCCCACCCGAGCCAGAUAUCGGGACUACAGGAGUUGUGGUUACGGCCUCUAGCGCUACAGCUACAGCUACCUCCAGUGCGGACCCACAUGCCACUGCGAGUACCGGUGCGACUUCGGUUUCCAGCACUAGCAAAAGCGAUCCAUCUCGGAGUUCCGCUCUUGAAGAAGCUGAAGAGUACACGGGUCGCGGAGCUCGCCGGAUAGCACAAACAUCUAAACCUACCCCCGAGCUUCCUCCUUUCUUGGAUCACGAUAUCGACGUUGGAGGACCUGAAGAUAAUCAAGUCAGCGAUGUUAUUAUGCUCAUUAGCAGCGAGGAUGAAUAUAGUGGUUCGAAAACGAAGUCUAAAGUAAAGGCAAAGCCUAAAAUGAAGCCCAAGCCAAAGAAGAAAGAUGUACCAAAGAUCGACCCGACGCCUGCUAAGCCUGACAACACCGACGAACAAGUCCCUGCGCCAGUAAAAUCGACUUUGAAACGCAAAAGUGCCAAACUUCAGAGUAGUGACGAUGAGUUUGGGAAAUGGGACAGCACAAUUCCAGGGGGGUCAGCUCCAUCAGGGAAACACAAGAAGCCUGGUAUUCCAGACUCGGAUGCUCAAUCUGCAGUCCCCAAUCCCACCGGACUACCCAAGUCUGACCCGACGGGCGGACCAGGCUAUAGACGGGCAACAUCAUCACCGUUAUCCAGUCCUGGACAUAGUCCCGAGCUCAAGCGCAAAAGCCCGCUCAAUGUUGCAGCUGAAGAAUCAGUCGCACAAAGCCCAACCAAGAAACCCCGCAAAUCCGGCUUUGUUGGGGUUGUUCUCACAGGCCCAUCAAACGGAAAUGGGAAACCCCCCAAGCGGGCUAGGAAAAAGACGGCCAAAGCUGCUGCUGCAGAGGAUGGCGAAGGUGGAGAUACUCAAGCCUAUAUUCCUCCUACACUGGGCUCUGUGGAAAACAUCUCGACGAGCAUUCUCCCUUCAGAAUCCAAUAAUACAAAUGAUAUUCCAUCACACUCAAGUGGAUCCCCGACGGUAGCCCAGGAACCAGAAACCCCACCCAUGGAUAUUGACACUACGUCCAAUACAAAGAAAGAGUCCAAGAAACGAGCACCCAAGGGAAAGAAAGGCGCGAUGAACGAAGGGUCUGUCGUUGAAAGUUCAGCACAAGAUGGUCCAGCACCGAAGGAGGCAAAAGGAAAAAGAAAGGGGAAAGGGAAAGAACCGGUAUCUACGAUGGCUAAAAACGACACUGGAGUCGAUUCCUCAAAUCCAGAUGCCGAUACCGUGCCAGGAACCUCGUCUAAUCUGGGUCCCGAUAUUGGCCCACAACCGGUUUCAUCUAACUCCUCGGCUGCCCCAGCUCCUACCCCAGCCGCCAAGCCCAAGCCUCGGCCCCGUCAUAGUACGACACCCGCUCCGUUACCUGUUGCAAUGGGCGCAUCUGGUUCCCUGUUACGAUCCGCAAGUGGCAAAUCAACUGAACGUGAGCCCCUUUCCGAAACGCUUCGACUUGCUCUUGGAGGGACGGGUAGCCCCGCCCCUCGAAUGGGACUCUCUCGACGAGGGUCUAGUAAGAUAGCACCAUUGUUGGCAUUUAGAGGUGCUCCGCCACCACCCCCUCCACCUAUGCCUAAGAAGCCCACCAAGAAAAAGAAGGGUGUCAGCGAAGACGAGGACAGCGAGAAGGUCCCGAGUGGGAAGGCCUAA